AUGACCGAGCUUGUUAGUUCUCAUACCGCAUCCAUUCGAAAAUUCGAGAUGCAAAUGAGAGAUCUCUCUAGGGAACAAAAUCCAAAGCAAAAGGGGACACUCUCAAGUGACACAAUUGCAAACCCAAAAGGUAGUGGGAGUGGUCCAACUUCUCAUAUCAUGACAAUUACUACUCGGAGUGGGAAGGUAAUACAAGGAGAGAGUGAACAAGUGGUUGAACUGGAAGAUUCCAAGCAAGAGGUUGAGGCACAAGUUGAAGAGCAAAUUGUUGUUGAAGCUAAAGAGGUUCCCGAGGAGUUGAAAGUUCAAGAAGUGAACCGGGAAGAGUUAAAGGAAAAGGUAAAAGAGGCACCAAAAACUCUACCACCGAUUCCUAAACCUCAUCCUACUUUCCCUCAAAGACUUGCUAGGAAGGUUGAUGAUAGCAAACUCGAAAAGUUCUAUGACAUUCUCAAGCAGUUAUUGGUUAGUUCCAUCACUGCAACAACCACCGUUCAAAAGAAAGAAGACCCACAAGCUUUCACCAUUCCAUGCACUGUUGGGGCGCGUGAUUUUGCAAGAGCUCUUUGUGAUAGUGGGACUAGCAUCAACUGA